AUGGGAGGAGGUUUUGCUAUUGGUUCCGCCUUUGAUUCUAAAUCUGGCCAAAUCAUAAUGGCUGCUUUACUUUUGAUGAUUGUUUCCUUUUACGCCGGAACCCUUUUUGGCAACAAUGCUCCCCUUUACAUCUCAAACCUCCCAUCUUCAUCCAACACUUUCUCUUCUAAUGGAACUUUCAGAUUUACUAACAAACUUGCUCUCACUUACCGCAAAACUCCCUUGCUAAUUCCUCACACUGGGGUUACUGUAUGCCCCUUGAGGUUUAAUGAGUAUAUUCCCUGCCACGAUGUUUCCUAUGUCACAACAUUGAUGCCUAAUCUUGAUGUUUCAAGAAAACAAGACUUGGAGAGACACUGUCCUCCACUUGAAAACCGCUUAUUUUGCUUGGUUCCACCACCCAAGAAUUAUAAAAUACCUAUCAAAUGGCCUCUUAGCAGGGAUUAUGUUUGGCGUAGUAAUGUCAAUCAUACACAUCUUGCUGAGGUCAAAGGAGGCCAAAAUUGGGUCCAUCCAAAGGAUCAGCUAUGGUGGUUUCCUGGUGGUGGUACGCAUUUCAAGAAUGGAGCAUCCGAGUACAUAGAGAGGUUAGGACAUAUGAUUACAAAUGAGACUGGCGAUCUACGUUCUGCGGGCAUAGUUCAAGUUCUGGAUCUUGGCUGUGGCGUGGCCAGUUUUUCAGCUUAUCUUCUUGCUUUGGAUAUACGAACUAUGUCCUUUGCCCCCAAGGAUGGUCACGAAAAUCAGAUUCAAUUUGCAUUAGAGCGAGGAAUUGGUGCAAUGAUUUCUGCCAUGUCCACAAAACAAUUACCAUUUCCUACAGGGUCAUUUGAAAUGAUUCACUGUUCAAGAUGCCGUAUAGACUUUCAUGAAAAUGAUGGGAUUUUGAUAAAGGAGUUGGAUCGCCUUCUUCGCCCGAAUGGUUAUUUUGUUUAUUCAGCACCACCAGCUUACAGAAAAGAUAAAGAUUUUCCUGUCAUUUGGGAUAAGUUGGUGAACUUAACAACAGCAAUGUGCUGGAGACUCAUUGCUCGUAAAGUUCAAACUGCAAUAUGGAUUAAAGAAAAUAGUCAGCCCUCCUGUCUUUUAAAAAAUGCAAAACAAAAGGUUAUAGAUGUCUGUGAUGUGGAUGAUGAAUCUAAACCUUCAUGGAAUAUCCCACUUAAGAACUGUAUACAAGUCAGAAAUUCUAAUACAGAAUUGUACAAGCUACCUCCAAGUCAUGAGCGCCUUUCGGUGUUUUCUGAAAGGCUGAACAAGAUAGGUAUAAAUCGAGAUGAAUUUACAUCAGAUUCUCUCUUCUGGCAAGACCAGAUUCGUCAUUACUGGAAACUGAUGAAUGUCAAAGAAACAGACAUACGCAAUGUGAUGGAUAUGAAUGCCUUUUAUGGUGGAUUUGCUGUUGCAUUGAACAACUUUCCUGUUUGGGUAAUGAAUGUUAUUCCUGCAAGCAUGAAGAACACCUUAUCCGGAAUUUAUGACCGGGGUUUGAUUGGGACUUUUCAUGAUUGGUGUGAACCAUUUUCAAGUUAUCCUCGUACUUAUGAUCUUUUACACGUCAACUACCUCUUUUCCCACUACAAAAACAUAGGGGAAGGUUGUGCAUUGGAGGAUAUCAUGCUGGAGAUGGAUCGUCUUUUACGACCACUGGGAUUUAUUAUCAUUAGGGAUGAGGAACAUAUUAUGUCAAGAAUCAAUGAGUUAGCCCCAAAAUUCCUUUGGGAUGUAGAGUCACAUUUGCUUGAGAACAAAGAAAAGAAGAUGGAAACUGUUUUGAUUUGUAGAAAAAAGUUUUGGGCAAUCCUCUAA